GUCUGCCACACCUCAAAUGUCACUGGUGUUCUGCAAGGCAGAGGAACUCAGCUAUUCCAUGCCCAAGCAGCACCCAAGAGCACUUAUCCAGAAAUUCACACCUCUGCCCACAGUGCUAACAAGGCACCUGGUGCCUCCAAAUUUCAGCUAAUGGCUCAGACCUAGGAAAUACAGGUGAUGGGUGCUGCAGAGAAAGAGGGGCAGGGCUACAGAUUUGGCUGCUUUGCUGAAGGCAGGGCUGGGCAGGAAUGGCAGGGAUAUACUGCUGGCUGAUUCUGCUGGAGUGAAUAAAAAUAUUCAGGUGUAUCCUUGAAACAGAAGCUGGUGGUGCCAGGGAUGCCCAAGACUCUGUUUAUUCCAGACAUCAGAAGCCCCAGACCUGACAGGAUCUGAGCAUUUAAAGACUAUCAGAGGCUCCACCUCGGGGAGAGAGGGGAGGGAAAAGAGAAAAAGUAGGGAAAAAAAAAAAAAAAAGAAAAAAGAAGAGGAGGAGGAGGAAGAGCUCAGAGAGAAGCGCCCGGACCGCGGGCAGCACGGCCAGCAGCGGAGCGGCCGCCCCGUCCCACUCCCAGCAUGUUCCAGUGGAAGAAGACUAUCUACAAAACAGUUUGUCUCUCCUUCUUGCUCAUCAUUACAGUGACGGUGCUGCAGCGUGGAAUGGCCCCAAACCAGUUCAUGCAGGGCCAGCAGCAGAGAGAACUGCCCCCUUCAGAGCCCUUGAAAUCCCAGAAGAGAGACAACUCCUUCUCCAUCAGCAGCACUUUCUGGAAGAACAAGAAGGAGAAAGCUCCUGUGAAGGAGGAGAGUGUGACGGCAAAGCAAACAAAAUCCUGGGAUGUCACCACUACCAACUGCUCAGCCAACCAGAACUUCAGCAAGGUGGAUUGGUUCAAAGGGCUGGAGCCCAACUUCCAGCAGUUCCUGCUCUAUCGGCACUGCCGCUACUUCCCCAUGCUGAUCAACCACCCAGAGAAGUGCAGUGGGGAUGUCUACCUGCUCAUCGUGGUCAAGUCCAUCAUCACGCAGCACGACCGCCGCGAGGCCAUCCGGAGGACCUGGGGCCAGGAGAAGGAGGUGGAGGGCAAGAGGAUCAGGACACUGUUCCUGCUGGGCACCGCCUCCAAGGAGGAGGAGAGAGCCAACCACCAGAAACUGCUAGAUUACGAGAACCGCAUCUAUGGGGACAUCUUGCAGUGGGAUUUCCUGGACAGCUUCUUCAACCUCACCCUCAAAGAGGUCCAUUUCCUCAAGUGGGUCGACAUCUACUGUGACAACAUCCACUUUAUCUUCAAAGGCGAUGACGAUGUGUUUGUGAGUCCCAGCAAUAUCCUGGAGUUCUUGGAGGACAAGAAGGAGGGAAAGGACCUCUUUGUGGGUGAUGUCCUCUACAAAGCCAGGCCGAUCCGUAGGAAGGAGAACAAGUACUACAUCCCCAGUGCCCUCUACAACAAAAACAUCUACCCACCUUAUGCAGGGGGUGGGGGCUUCAUCAUGGAUGGAGCCCUGGCCAAGAGGCUGCAUAAGGCCUCAGAGACACUGGAGUUGUACCCCAUCGAUGACGUCUUCUUAGGGAUGUGCUUGGAGGUUCUUAAAGUGUCACCUGUUGGGCAUGAGGGCUUCAAAACUUUUGGCAUUGUGAAAAACAAGAACAGCAAGAUGAACAAGGAGCCAUGUUUUUACCGGAGUAUGUUGGUGGUUCAUAAACUGCUGCCUCCAGAGUUGCUUCAAAUGUGGGACUUGGUCCACAGUAACUUGACAUGCUCAAGAAAACUCAAUGUUCUUUAGCUCAGUCUCUCUGGAGAGCUGGGACUGCAGGAGCUGGGACAACUGAUCCCUGCUCUGGGGUGGGGUGAGCCUCUCCUGGUGGCACAUGAAUCCUUCAGGGGCACUGCCCUCCAGGGUUAGGAGGGCAGAGACACUGUGCUCACGGGCAGGGUUUGUGAUAGUGUUUGUUCCUGUACUGUAUUGUGGUUCACAUAUCUCCAGCUGGGUUGGGGGUUGCUGAAAAAGAGAAAAAACCCAACAAAAAAAUGACAAGUCUAGCACAAAAUGGAGAGAGGGCUAAGAGGUUUGUGCUUUACUUUAGGUACUUCCUCCACAUCAGCAUGAUGAGUGGAGGGGUGGAGAGAGGCAGGGAGGGAUGUGGCACUGGCAUUUUCUGGAGAUGUCCAGGGUCUGGGUAUCCAGGGGAGCUGGUCCAAGGGCGUUCGGCCAAUUACAAGUGCAUCAGCCCCUCCCAACUCAAAAAUAAUGGGAUUUUAUUUAUUAUCUCAAAUUUCUUCUCCAUGCAAGGUUUUAGUCACACUGACGUUGUGUGUGCAUUGGGUUCACCCCCAGCAAAGUCCUGUGUCCCCUUAUGCAGCUGGGGAAAGGGGCUCUUCUCUGAGGCUGGCCCUCAACAGCCCUGAGUCCCCAUUAGGUUUUCAGCCUGGCACUCGGGGGGACCGGGGUCCUUGUCAGAGACCAGGCAACAGAGGCUCCCAGCACCAGCCUGGGCUGUGCUUGGCUCCCCAGCCCCUCUGCAGCAUUACUGCGUGUCCUCAGAGGAAUGCACCCAGCUGAAAUUCCUCAGGGAUUUGUUCUUCCUGGCAGGAAAGAGACUAGGCCAGCUGCCCUUGCUUGUGGCCAAGGAAGUGGUGGAGAAAACUGGUGGCCCCCCUGCAGUGCCCCAGGGAUUUGUCACUUCUGGGACCCUACUUCCCAGGUAUCCCAGGGGGUGCUGUGGGGAGACCCUCUCCGUGCUGCACAGCUGCCCUCGUGGCUUUGCCUUGCAGGAGACAACAGCCACAAAGGCCCUGUGUGUGGCUGCUUCAGGUUCAGCCUGGGUUUGUCAGCAACUGUGAUGCUCCAUGGUAGGUUGGAGACAUUGGUUCUGCUCUAGCAUAAGAAGCAGGAUCCAAGGGGACAAACUGAAAGAAAGCUGGUGUUUCACACAUCUGCUCAUCUCAGGGUUGUUGCAGUGUUUAUUCUAGAGGCUGAGA